AUGUCCCAAACGGUAUUCCCAGAUGAUGUGCUCCCCCCAGAGGGUGUAUACAAUUCACGCGAAUCUCUCCUUAGCGCCAUUAAUUCAUGGGCAAAACCUAGAGGCUAUGCAUUUACCACGGGGAAGUCGACGAAGACACCCAAUGGCCGGGUUAAAGUUGUGUUUGCUUGCGAUCGCAACGGGCAACAGCCAAAUGCCAACAUACAGCGAAAACGGCGUACCUGUAGCCGAGGAACAGGAUGCAAGUUCUCUGUGCUUGCCAAACAGUCUUUGGAUGGAGCAGCAUGGGUUCUCAGUCAUCGACCCGGACUGGAUUUCUCUCUCCAUAAUCACACGCCAAGUGAAGACCCAUCUGCACACCCAGCACAUCGCCACCUUACUGGGGGUGAUUCCAGGGUCAUUUCUAGUCUUGCGGCUGCUGGGGCUGCUCCUCGUGAAAUCAGGACGUACCUCUGUAACAAUUCCACGACACUUGCAACUCAGAAAGAUAUCUAUAAUCGAAUUGGGGCAGCGAGGAGAGACCUACGGGAGGACCAAAGCAGCAUACAAGCACUAGUCGACCAAUUGCAUGAGGAGGGCUUCCACUUCAAGGUUCGGCUGGAUUCUGACAAUCGGCUUACAGCAAUAUUCUUUGCCCAUCCGGACUCAAUCGCAUUUCUCCAAUGCAGCCCCGAUGUUCUGCUCCUUGACUGUACCUACAAGACAAACAAAUACAGCAUGCCACUUCUUGAUAUGGUUGGCGUUGACGCUUGCGAGCGCUCCUUUUGUAUUGCCUUUGCGUUCCUCUCCGGUGAGACCGAAGAGGACUACUCAUGGGCUUUGCAACAUCUUCGGUCGCUCUAUCGGCGUGACCUUCCCUCCGUUGUCUUGACAGACCGGUGUUUGGCCGCGAUGAAUGCGGCUGCAACCUGGUUCCCUUCAUCCGGAGGUCUCCUUUGCACUUGGCAUGUAAACAAAGCGGUGUUGCAAUAUUGCCGGCCUGCCUUUCUGGCUGAAGGUAGCCAAGGAGAAAGGAGAUGGGAUGAGUUCUACAAGGCCUGGCAUACAAUCGUAGCCUCUCCGACUCAAAUGAUAUUUCAAGAGCGCCUGGCCGAUUUCGAGCGGAAAUAUGCCGAGAAAUUUACAGAUGCGGUCGGCUAUGUUAGGACAAUCUGGCUUGACCCGUUUAAAGCGAAAAUUGUCCGAGCAUGGGUCGACAGGUCACACAAUGACGUCGAAGUCAUGCCCUUUACGAUAUACAGAGCUCUUCCAGCCACCAGCAUCGGUCACCGAAACAACAGCACACACAACGAGCAUCGUGGUCAGAAAGACGAACAUCUCAUGGUAGCGAUGCAAGCACCAACGGACAACGUAAGAGGCGACCAGGCAUUAGAAGUUCAGGCGCUGGCAGAUCUCAACUCGACAGUCGUACAACAGGCAGCGGUAGCCGAGUCAUCAGUGGUGGGAAAGUCAACUGCGCCAAAGCUCAGAUACAACGACCCGCAAGCAAUCUACCAGAGAUAUGUUGAGUCGAGACAGGCUUGGUACGAUGCGCAGCCGUGUGGCAGUAUCAAGACUAACCAGCAGUAUCGAAAAGCAACGGGUUUACCCCAGCGGUACAACAAGGCGGAGCUUGCUUGGUGCCUUGAUUGGAAGCAGAUGGGUAAGCAAUGUAAAGGGCAAGAAAGGUCCAGAGACUGGACGAAGGAAGAAAUGAUGUCGUAUCUGGAUUGGGACAAGGCAGAAGAAGACCGAGUUGAAGCAAAGGUAGCAGCUGAGAUGGAAGCGAAUCCCUUUUCUGACAGACGAGGCAUGGGUGACAUCUGGGAGGCUGCGGCAGCGGACUGUGUGGCACAAGAGGCCCUGUAUUUAGGCGAUCUGAGCCGCAAGGCAGACAUCGCCUCGCGAAAGGCAAGGGUUGCCGCGAAGACUCCUCAACUUAGAUCUCAGGCUAUAGACAAUGUUGAAAUGGCCAAGGUGAUCACCAGCACGCUUGCAAAAGCCAUUUUACUUCUAUGCGCCCAGAUCAUACCGCUGAUUCUAAGAAAUAUCUGGUUCGAAGCAGCCUUGCGCUUGCACCAGAUAUUGGCAAUUGCUUUUCCAUACGCUCUCUGGCGCCAUAUCAGAUCCGGCCAACUCCUCCCAGGCUUGUACGUGAUUAUAGGCGGCGCUAUAUUACUUACAAGCUCUGCUAUCUUGCUUGGCUGCGUCAUCUAUCGCAAUGUCUCGAGUCUCUCCCUGGCUCAGAUGUCGUUUGUCAAGGGUACGACCCAAAUCCGGCUGCAUCUGUCCCGCCCUCUCAAGGUAAAAGCAGGGCAGUACAUCGAUCUUUGGGUUCCAUCCGUGAGCCUGUGGUCUUUUGCGCAAACGCACCCCUUCGUCGUUACAUCCUGGUCUAAGGAGCCACAGAAGUAUCUGGACCUAUUCAUAGAGCCUCGUCGCGGCUUUACUCGAAAUCUUUUGAAGCUGUCGGAACAUGGCUCGACAACGAGCAUGGCGUGGUUCAGCGGACCCCAUGGAAAGCCAACUCCAGUUAGCCGAUACGAAAAUGUUGUCAUGCUGGCUACUGAGUCUGGAAUUGCCGCUCACUUGCCCUAUCUAAAGAAGCUGACGCAUGAUCAACGCAGCCAUGUGAUUCCAGUUCGCCGGGUUCAUCUCAUAUGGCAAAUGGAGCGAAGAGAUGUAGGAAUUGCCGCGCAAAAGUUGCUGAAUGAAGCUCUCGCCGAAGACAAGCUCAAUGGACAAUACCCGAAAGCAUAA